ACUUAUUCUGGGCUUUUCUGCGUUGUUGUCAACCCCUACAAGAAGCUGCCCAUCUACACAGAAAAAGUAAUUGAACUAUAUAAGGGUAAAAAGCGCCACGAGGUGCCGCCACACAUCUUCUCAGUCACAGAUGCAGCUUUCAGGAGCAUGUUGCAAGACCGAGAGGACCAGUCCAUUCUUUGCACUGGCGAAUCUGGAGCAGGGAAGACGGAAAACACUAAGAAGGUAAUCCAGUAUUUAGCGUGUGUUGCAUCUUCCAAACCAAAAUCUAGCACGUCUGCUGGACAUUCGAGUCAUCCCUUACCAGCUGCUGUGUUUGGGGAACUGGAGCAGCAACUCUUGCAAGCUAACCCGAUUCUGGAAGCAUUUGGAAAUGCCAAAACCGUCAAAAACGACAACUCCUCACGAUUUGGAAAGUUUAUUCGUAUAAACUUUGAUGCCUCGGGAUAUAUUGCCGGAGCCAACAUUGAAACUUAUUUACUAGAAAAGUCACGUGCUGUUCGUCAGGCAAAGGAUGAGCGGUCCUUUCAUAUUUUCUACCACUUUCUUAUUGGAGCCUCACCAGAACAAAAAAAAGAAUACCUUCUUGAAGAUCUUAAAAGCUACACAUUUCUUACAUAUGGGAAUGUUCCAGUUUCUGGGAUUGAUGAUUUAACAGAGUACAAGAACACAGUUAAAGCAAUGGAUAUCAUGGGGUUUAAUCCAGAUGACAUCAAUGGUGUGUUCCGACUGGUGUCCGCUGUUAUUUUGUUUGGCAACAUGAAGUUCAAACAAGAGAGAAAUUCAGACCAAGCUACUCUUCCUGACAACACUGUAGCUCAGAAGAUAAGCCACCUGCUUGGCCUCAGUGUUACUGAGAUGACGAAGGCUUUCCUCAGACCACGUCUCAAAGUCGGAAGAGAUUACGUCAACAAAGCUCAGACAAAGGAACAGGUAGAGUUUCUGAAUUCCUUCGAGCAGAUGUGCAUCAACUACACCAACGAGAAGCUUCAACAGUUAUUUAAUCACACAAUGUUCAUCUUAGAACAAGAAGAGUAUCGACGUGAAGGGAUCGAAUGGAAGUUCAUUGACUUUGGUUUGGAUCUACAACCUACCAUUGAUCUCAUUGAGAAGCCAAUGGGAAUCUUGGCUCUGCUGGACGAACAAUGUCUUUUUCCUAAAGCAACGGAUAAAACGCUUGUGGAGAAACUGAUCAACACCCAUAUUGACCAUUCUAAGUUUGUCAAGUCGGACUUCAGAGAAUCGGCUGAUUUCAGCAUUAUUCAUUAUGCAGGAAAGGUGGACUAUCUUGCUAAUCAGUGGCUCAUGAAGAAUAUGGAUCCAGUAAAUGAGAAUAUUGUUUCUUUACUCCAGACUUCACAAGACCCAUUCACCAUGCACAUUUGGAAAGAUGCUGAUAUUGUAGGAAUCGGAGCUGCCACAAUGAGUGACACGGUGUUUGGAGCACGGAGUAGAAAGGGAAUGUUCCGAACUGUCAGCCAACUUUACAAGGAUCAACUAUCCAAGCUCAUGGAAACUCUAAGAAACACUAACCCAAAUUUUGUCCGUUGUAUCAUUCCCAACCAUGAGAAAAAAGCUGGGAAGAUAGAUUCGCCCCUGGUGUUGGAUCAGCUACGAUGUAAUGGAGUUCUUGAAGGAAUUCGAAUCUGUCGACAGGGUUUUCCUAACAGAAUUCCCUUCCAAGAGUUUAGACAAAGGUAUGAAUUGCUCACACCAAAUGCUAUUCCUAAAGGAUUUAUGGAUGGAAAACGAGCAUCAGAAAAGAUGAUCCUUGCACUGGACCUGGACCCCAACUACUACAGGAUUGGACAGAGUAAGAUUUUUUUCCGAGCAGGUGUACUGGCACACCUGGAGGAAGAGAGAGAUAUAAAAAUAUCUGCUCUCAUAAUCCAGUUCCAGUCGUUCUGCCGAGGUUACAUAGCUCGAAAGAAUUAUCAAAGACGAGUUCAACAGUUAAAUGCUAUCAGAAUUUUACAAAGAAACUGUAACUCAUACUUAAAGCUACGAGACUGGGCAUGGUGGAGGUUAUACACAAAGGUCAAACCUUUGCUACAAGUCACUAAACAAGAAGAGAAGUUAAGUGAAAAAGAAGAAGAACUAAAAGAAGUGAGGGAGAAAUUGGAACAGACCGAAACCCAGUUUACAGAUCUUGAUCAGAAAUUUCAACAAUUGAUUGUAGAAAAGAAUAUGCUGACAGAACAGCUGACGGCAGAAACAGAGUUGUGUGCUGAGGCAGAGGAAAGCCGACUUCGACUUUUGGAAAGGAAACAAGAACUGGAAGAAAUUCUCCAUGAUUUGGAAGCUCGAAUUGAAGAAGAAGAAAACAAAAAUCAAACUAUGCUUGCUGAGAAAAAGAAGAUGCAACAAUCUAUUCAAGACCUCGAAGAACAGCUAGAAGAAGAAGAAGGUUCCCACCAGAAGCUACAGUUGGAGAAAUCCAGUCUGGAUGUUAAAGUGAAGAAACUUGAAGAAGAUUACGCUCUCAUGGAAGACACCAACCAGAAGCUUGUCAAGGAGAAGAAAAUCCUUGAAGAACGUCAGGCCGAUUUGGCUCAAGUUUUGGCUGAGGAAGAAGAGAAAUCAAAACACUUGGGAAAACUGAAAACUAAGUAUGAAUCCAGCAUUUCAGAACUAGAGGAACGUCUGCAUAAAGAAAACCAUGUGAGACAAGAGAUGGAACGCGUAAAGAGGAGAAUAGAAACAGAAUUAAACGAUGUUAAAGAGCAGCUGAACGAGAAAAAACUUCAGCUUGAAGAAGUUCAGGGUCGCCUGACUAAGCUAAAGGAUGAACUCAACCAAACUCUUGUCAGAUGUGAUGAAGAAGCAGUAGCCAAAGCUCAAGCCCAAAAGGCACUGAGGGAAAUGGAGAGUCAAAUGAUAGAUUUACAGGAAGACCUGGAUACCGAGAAGGUAGCAAGAACAAAGGCAGAGAAAGAAAAGAGAGACCUGAAUGAAGAACUGGAAGCCCUUAAAAAUGAGCUUCUGGAUUCAUUAGGCACUACGGCUACGCAGCAGGAACUGCGAACAAAGAGAGAGCAAGAGGUAGCGAUGUUGAAGAAGACUAUCGAGGAUGAAGUUACCACACAUGCCACUCACUUAGCCGACUUACGACAAAAGCACAACCAAGUUAUCCAGGAUUUAAAUGAACAGCUGGAAACACUCAAAAAGGCAAAAGCAGGAUUAGAAAAAGUAAGGGCCAAUUUAGAAAUGGAAAAUUCCAAUGUUACCGCUGAAUUAAAGACUCUUUUAGCAGCUCGACAGGAGUCAGAGCGUAAAAGGAAACAGCUGGAAAGUCUUGUGCAAGAAAUGGGAACAAAAGUAGCGGACCUAGAGAGAAAUAAAGCUGAAGCUAUCGACCGUGCUCAGAAACUUCAGGUCAACUUUGUUGUUAAUGUUAAAAAACCUGGAGAAACAGAUGUAAGGUUUAUCUACUCAGAUAGGUCAGCUUUGUUGUUAAUGUUAAAAAACCUGGAGAAACAGAUGUCAGGUUUAUCUACUCAGGUGCAAGAUCUGAAGAAGAAAGUUGAUGAAAGUGAUGAACAGAAUAGUACUUUAGAAGAGCUGAAGAAGAAGUUGAUGAAAGACAUAGAGUAUUUACAAAAUGACCUCGAAGAGAAUCGGGCUUUUAACGACAAACUGGAGAAGUCCAAGAAAAAACUUCAAGUCGAGGUAGAAGAUCUGAAUGUGGAGCUUGAAGGCUACCGAGGCAAAGUAGCAGACCUAGAAAAGAAGCAGCGUAAGUUUGAUCAACUGCUUGCUGAAGAAAAGACAGUAUCUGAAAAAAUCACUCAGGAAAAAGAUAGUGCUGAGCGAGAAGUGAGAGAAAAAGAAACUAAGAUUUUGUCCCUGACCCGGGAUCUAGACGAGAGAAGCAAUCAGAUGGAGGAGUUAGAACGAGCUCGUCGGUCACUGCAGUCAGAACUGGAUGAACUGGUCAACACACAGGGAACAGCCGAUAAAAAUCUGCAUGAACUGGAAAGAGCAAAACGAACUCUUGAGAGUCAACUAGUCGAACAGAAGACGCAGAUCGAUGAGUUGGAGGAUGAACUACAGCUGACUGAAGAUGCUAAGCUGCGACUGGAAGUUAACAUACAGGCGUUGAAGUCUCAGUUUGAACGAGAUAUACAGGCAAAAGAAGAACAAGCAGAGGAGAAGAAAAGAGCACUGACGAAACAGGUUCGUGAUCUGGAGACAGAAUUGGAAGAAGAGAGGAAACAACGAGCAACAGCAACAAAUGCCAGGAAGAAGAUAGAAGGGGACUUCAAGGAUUUAGAACAACAACUUGAGCUUGCCACAAGGAUGAAAGAAGAUGCUUUACGGCAACUUAAGAAGCUUCAGACACAAGUAAAGGACUGCCAGAAAGAUGCAGAGGAAUCCCGAAUCUCUGGUGAGGAACUGACAACUCAGUUUAAGGAAGCUGAGAAAAAGGUGAAAUUAAUGGAAGCAGAAAUGAUUCAGCUACGAGAGGACCUAUCCAAUUCGGAGCGAGCCCGUCGUUCAGCAGAACUCGAGAGAGAUGAGCUGCAAGAAGAAGUAAACAAUACCGUAUCAAAGGGAUCACUUCUUCAAGAUGAGAAGCGUCAUCUUGAGGCUAAAAUUCAACAAUUGGAAGAGGAGGUAGAAGAAGAACAAAGUAACUCGGAAAACAUAAUGGACAAGGCAAGAAAAGCUCAGACACAGAUAGAACAACUAACAGCCGAGCUUGCAAGUGAGAGAACAGUUACCCAAAAUUUGGAGAACAACAGGAUGGUGUUGGAGAGACAGAACAAAGAAUUGCAUGCAAAGCUUGAAGAGCUCGAAACAUCACAGCGUUCCAAGGCAAAAACAGCAAUCGCUACUCUAGAAUCUAAAGUUCAGCAGUUUGAGGAACAGCUGGAACUAGAAACAAGAGAACGGCAAACUGUGACUAAAAAUUCACGUAAACUGGAGAAGAAACUGAAAGAAGCUCUGUUACAGUUCGAAGACGAGAGACGUCAUUCAGAACAAUACAAAGAACAGGUACAAAAAGUCAACAAUCGAGUACAGGCCUUGAAGCGUCAGCUGGAUGAAGCAGAAGAGGAAUGUUCUCGAGAAAAGGCGCAACGACGUAAAGUUCAGCGAGAGUUGGAGGAUACCAUGGAGUCUAAUGAAGCCAUGUCACGUGAACUGAAUAACUUAAAGAACAAAAUGAGAAGAGGUGGAACGUUAGCUGUUCCAGCUUCUCGGUUCUCUGGAGCAAAACGAGGAUCCAUGACUUCUAUGGGGAGUGGCAGUGGAGAUGAAGGGUCGGGAUUUUUACGGGAGGAUUCACUGAAUGAGAAUCUGGCCUGAUUUUAAUAAUCUUACUUGAGAUUAUGUAAAAAAAAAAAUUAACAUUCCUAAAAGGAAGCUUGAAAAUAGAAAAACUGAACUGUAGGCAUUGAAUAAAAUGGUAAAAGCCCUUGCCAGCGCUAACUUAAUGGGAACAUUUCCAAAAAAAAAUCAGGGUUAUAAUAAAAGUAUCACUAUGGUCCAAUAAUUCAGGUUCGAUAUUAAGAACCAUGCAAUGUUAUAUUCUAAUCAUCUGUAAGAUGAAUAAAAAGUAUCAUGAUAUUUUUAAGUUAAAAUGUUAAUCUUUUUAAACAUGUUUUUGUACAUAAUAUAUAUAUAUAUAUAUGUGUGUCUAGAAAAUAUGAUUAUCACCAAGUUAGAUUUAGUGAAACAUCUCAAACUGUAGUGGGUCCUUUACUAACAUGUAGUUUUGUAAAUUAGUUAACUAUUUUUAGGAAUGUGACAAUACGCUUACCUUCCAAUCUGAUAUGUAUCGGUAUUCUUUUAUCACAAUACAUAAGUCUAUGUUAAUUUACCAGUAGAGCAAACAUAAUACUUAUAUUGCACUUCUGAAACAGUAUAAAAUUUAACUGUUUAUCAUCGAUUUAAAUGUAUAAAUUAGGGGCUGCCGUUCCAGUACGUCAAAACUAGAAUCCCACCUAGAAACUUCUUGAAUUAGCUUGUGCUGUGAAAACUUAAGCAUACCUUAAUCUGCUUUCAGUUUAGCAAGAGUCAUUGAAUAUCUAUGAAGAAAGGAAACUACCCCUUUUUACCCCACGUCCGUAAUCUAUCUUCUCGUGACACGGGGUGAGAGUUCUACCACAUUGACAACCUUAUUCAGUACAUCUGCCACAUGCUCAACCACACGAGACUGUCUUGUUUCUGGAACAGUAGAUCUUGAAGUACCUUUCAGUUCAGUGUUAAGCUUGUACCUCUUUGUACAAGUCUAGAAUUAAUACAGUACUAAAAUGUCGAAGAAAGUAUCUCGUAUCUUGCUUCCAAACCUUACGCAAAAUCACACAGCUAAAAAUGGUUUUGUAUCUUUAGCCAUAAAGAUUCCAACAGUCCCUCUAUUCAGGUUCAAUUUUAAUUACUUUCUAGAGUUUCACCUUAGCCGUACUGCUUACAGAAAGUGAAAGUUUAUUUCUUAUUUCCUUCGUUGCUGGUAACAACAGCUGGUAACACAAGGUAUUCACUUGUGUUUUUUAUCUUAGUUCUCCAGCAUGAACUCCAAGGAUCAGUGUAUUUAUUUAAUACUUUUAGCAUCAUACUGAGAGUUAAAUAUACCAUUAAUAAAGAAUUUUAAUCAGUUUUUCUUACUCUAUUCUGAUUCAAAACUUCAAACCAAACUGCUAAUUCGUAGGAUGAAGGUGCAACCCUCUAUUGUUGUGCUUUGCCUCAAUGAGUCUACCAUUGCUGACAAGGUAUUCAUAAAAAAACUAGAAAUCUAUACAUAGACCGAUCAUGUGUUUAUGUUGACAAGUAUAUUAUUAAAAGUGUUUUUUUUCAUAUAACAUAAAAGUAAAUCGGAAGAAAAACUGAAAUCGAUCACAAACCACCCGUGACCCAUUAACAGCAAUUUUGGUGAAUCUUUUCCUAUAAUUACUCAUGAUGUCUUUGGAGGUAAUAAAGUCAGCUUCCAAAAAAUACGUUAUUACAUUGAUAUUAACACUUACUGAUAAUGUCUUUGGAGGUAAUAAAGUCAGCUUCCAAAAAAUACGUUAUUACAUUGAUAUUAACACUUACUGAUAAUGUCUUUGGAGGUAAUAAAGUCAGCUUCCAAAAAAUACGUUAUUACAUUGAUAUUAACACAUUUAUUUUUUAUGUUCAAAACUGUCGACCCUGUGAUGUUUUUUAUCUUAGUUCUCCGAGGAUCAGUGUAUUUAUUUAAUAGUUUUAGUAUCAUACUGAGAGUUAUGAGCUUUUCAGCAGUGCCAAAUACAGUCUUGUAAAAACUAUGUGCCACUGAAUAAAAUGUAUUCAGUUUUAAUACACAACAAAAAUAAAGUUAUUUUCACCAUA